GCCUGCCUUUGUUUUGUCGUCGAUUUUCACUCACUACCUUGAAGCACUGUCAUUUCCAAGUCUUUGGAGGUAAAAAUAGAUCGACACCUAUCCAGGAUGGAACGAGAGCAGGAUUUCUCCAUGGCAUCCGCGUCAGCUUCUCCAGAAGCCGCGAGCCCACCAACUAUAUGGCCAGUUCAUAUCGAAGUUCGAGUGGCCCCUACAGCCACGUCCCGAUUCGACACCAUCCGCAACGCUGUCCAUACUUACAUCACAUCCUCCUUCAGCCACCUCUACUUGCCAUCCGUAAUAACCGGCUGGGACGACGUGGCUCUACUGGCCUCCUCAGUCUCGGAAUCGCUGCAUCCGAGUCCUCCUGCCCAUCCACCUCGCUUCCCAUUGAGCGAAUUGCACUGCAGAUCCAUGUCUACCAGCCAUCCGACGCGGAUGCGUUCGAGGAACUCGCGAGCGGAAAUGGACGGGGAGAUGGAGAGAAAUCAUGGCGCGAGUGUAUGCGAGCUACCUGCGCUGGCUUGGGAGGGCCUGUGGGAGAGCUUGAUCUACUCGGACGACAUCAAGUCAAAGCUGCUCGACUACAUCUAUGCUACUGUGAUCUUCAGUGACGCGGACGUCGACUUCAAUGUUGUCUCGUGGAACCGGGUGGUCCUCUUGCAUGGUCCACCAGGUACCGGUAAGACGUCGCUUUGCCGUGCGUUGGCCAAAAGCUUUCAAUCCGCCUAUCACACAGAUAUGCGCAUUCACGAUUGCUCGAGAUCAACUCCCAUUCUUUGUUCUCUCGCUGGUUCUCUGAGUCGGGCAAGCUCGUGCAACGGCUUUCAGCAGCGUAUGGAGAUGGUCGAGGAUGAAGAUACCUUUGUCAUUGUCCUCAUUGACGAGGUUGAGUCUCUGACAGCUGCUCGAGCGGGUGCAAUGGCAGGAACAGAACCCUCGGACGCCCUUCGCGUAGUCAAUGCUCUACUGACGCAACUGGACAAAUUGAAGCACAAGAAGAACGUUCUUGUCAUGUCCACAAGCAAUCUCGCUAAAGCUAUUGACUCGGCCUUUGUCGACCGUGCGGAUAUUGUGCAAUAUGUGGAUCUUCCUCCUCGUGAAGCGAUAUACGAGAUACUCGGCACUUGCCUCAGAGAGCUUGUCACGAAAGGCAUUGUCGCAGAAGUGGACGUCCCCAGCCUAGCACAGGCUCAAUUAUACGAGCGGACUGCAGGGUUCCUUCAGACAUCCUCCCUUGCGGCAGCGUUGCCGCCACAUCCUUCCACAAGCCAGCCAGCCUCUCAGGCCGCCUCUCGCAGCCUGUCUCAGCAGGCGAACGAACACGCGGCUGACUCGCGGGAACGCUCAAAACACGUCGCACUGAAGUUGCUCACCCUGGCUGAGAAGUGUAAAAACCAAGGAAUGUCUGGACGCUCUUUGAGACGUCUACCUGUCCUUGCACACGCUCGACACAUUGGAACGCUGCCAAUGCCUUCUAGGUCAGCCGUGCAGAUCAACGGGGCAACCAAGACCAAGAGGAAUGGUCUGGCCUCCGAGAAGAAAGGUACAGGUUCCGCAGUCGAGGUGUGGCUCGACGCGAUGGAACGCGUCAUUGACUCGCAAGCUUUGGAGAGGGAGCGAUUCGAACGGUGAUCACUGUGGGUGGGCCCUGAAACUCGCAUAUGAACGCUCCAUUUGCUACUCUGGUAUGUGGGAUUCUGAACAUUGUUGCUCUGGUGUCUGCUCCCAAUUCUGUUGUCGUGCGCGAGUACUCUGGACAUCUCUUGCAAUCAUCUCGAUGUAGCAUACUACACCACUGUGUCACGGUCGCUCUGUAAGAAUAACGACGAUGUAUUCAAUUAACUUCGCUGCAGAGUCUGCGUCACCAGUAGCACUUCCACAAUGUGAGAAUGGCGAAGACGAUAUGUUCCUCUGUGCAAGAUUCCGCUCCGAUAUACUUGUGCGGAGUCGAUGUCAGGCAGAACGAGAGGGCCUCAUCCGAUCACGG